AGGACCAUACUUACUUGAUAUUUCACAGAUCGAAUUGGAGAUCCAAUCCUAGCUCAUCUUCUUUCAGACGGAAUGUUUAUCCCUGUUGCGAUGUGCGCCCCCUACAGUUGGUCGGUAUCAUAUUUGACGAAAGAGAACAAAAUUUGAAUUUGACGUUGUACAACUCGACCUCUCAAGGUGCAGCUGCCAGCAAUCCUAAUCUGACGUUUAUUUUUGAGUGUUGCUUAGAGUCAAAUGCACAAGCUUGACCACAUUUUUUGACAUAUAUGGCUUCAUCAAGAGCUCAAUCAUCAUGUACCGUCUCGUCGUCUUUACGGAGCAGUCCGACUUGGGUUUCAGCCCCUCCCGAGGCGCUUUCGAGACCGCGCGAGGGCCGAUUGCGUUCACGCCACAUUCAUUUUUCAACACACAGACGCAUCAUUCUUCGGCACAAGGCGGUAAAAAUUCGGGACUUGUUGCAUCAAGUACGAAUAAGUCUUCUUUGCAACAAACUACCCCAAUACAACAACCGACGUCGAUCACAUCAAGCGCGACGACCCCCUCGGCACCGUCCUCCGGUGGCAGGAAGAACAGUAAGAAAAAUGCGAAAAAUAAAGAGCAACGCGAGCAGCAGUUGCAGCCAGGCACUAAAACCACGACGCCGCUCGCAGUAACGUCAGCAACAGCCACAGGACCCAAAACUCCUCUCGAGAGACACCAGGUUCAGAACCCGAUUUUGACCAGCACCAAUCAGAAGCCGCACCGGUCGGAUCUGAGCUGCAGCUCAGUGCGGCUGUUCCGACGGACAGCCGCGAAGAUCGACGCAACGACAAUAUUAGAGGAUGCGAGGGCGCAGCUACAAUUGCUGGAAGAGGACUACAACAGUAAAUUGCUCUUCUCCACGGGUGGAGCGAACAACUCCAGCACAAGCACGACGAACAAUUCCGCUGUUGGUACUGGUGCUAUCUCCAAGCAGAACAGCUUCGCUUCUCCCGUCCCAGGACCAACCUCCGCGGCCGUUUUGUCCCGCGCUGCGUCGUCCGAGGGGAAAAACCAAGCGCUGCCGAAAGAUGACUACAGAACUUCAAAAGUUUAUUUCGACUCCACCCCAACUCCAGGGGCUGCAGGUGCAGCGCCAGCUGGCGGCCCACAUCAACAAAAAAAUACAGCUCUGACCCCCGCCACGCCCACCCCCGCGCCGAGCAGCACGAACCUGGGACAGUCUGUAGCGACCAAUCUGGGAACCUUUGAGUUGUUUUCCUCUUCUACCCUCCAGGGCGACGUGCUCCUAACCGCGGUCUUGCCCUGGGAGCGAACCGCGGCGCUGUUUCUCUUCGCGGUGCCGCCCGGGGUGGAUCUGGAGAAGUUUCUGGAAAUCGAAAGACCAAGGAACUACAACGAUAGCGAUGCGAAGAACUAUGCGAUCGGAAGUAGUACUAGAUCGGAGAACGGCGAGGACCGAAAUAACCAGCGCCAGUACAACAACUCAACACCACCGCCAGCAGCGUACAACUACAAUGAUCAGAGCAUCCAGGAGUAUCGCGUCUUUUACAACGAGGACCAAGACCACUCCAAGCAAAUCAAGUCCGCGGUUUUUUUCUUCUCCAGCCAGCGAAAAGCGGACGAAUUCUACCGGAAAAACCACGGACGGCUGUACUUUGGCGCCACGAGUGAAGAAAGCGGCGGUCGUGGGCCGCGGGGGACAAGAAAUGCGGGAGGGGCAGACGGGUCAGACGAGCAACUUCACGAGGGAAACAAUGAGGAAUUCCGGCAGGCUUGCAGUUACUUUGUGUUUCUGGAGUCGGUUCAGUAUCGGAAGAAUAACAGAGUGGUGAAGACAACUGAAGCAAAGACGUUACUAGAAGACGAUACUAGGGAGAAUUGCUGCAUCACCACGUCCAGCAGAAGCCCUAUAUCGAAAGCAGAGCACGACGAGGAGAAAACCCAGUUGUAUACGAGCAAGGAUGACCACAAUGACAAUCUUCUAUUCACGCCGAAGACGAGAAGUAAUGUUCUAGCGAAAAACAAUUCCACCUCGUCCCCACGACAAGGUAGAACACUACUUGCGGCGACAUCUGAGCUAUCUCCAACUUCAGCCUCUCUGCUACCACCCGACAACCCCGACCUAAAUACGGAGUAUUUGCCCUUUCUCUUCGAACACGACGAUCCCCACAACGACCCGAAAAACUUGUGGACAAGGGAGCAUUGUUUCGAACUGCCAACCUGCCCGUACUGUCUGGAGCGGCUCGAUGUGUCCGUUUCCGGGGUGGUGUGCCACUCCCAGGGGUGGCUAUCAGCCUUCCAAUGGUACGAGGUUCCGGAUGUUGUUUCCGGGUGUCGAAUAUCAACUGCAAAUAUGCCUGGGUCUGGAAGAAUGCAAGCUUGUCAUGCUUGUCUCACAUGAGUCUUAAAUCUGUAAUGCAUGACCACCAGGAAGGCAGCCUCUUAACUGUCAUGCAAAAAUGCAGUUUCUCAUGCGGGAAGCGAAACACAUAGGACCUCAGAAACUUGUCAUGCGCGGCUGCAUAAACCACAACCAGUGCGCCCACCUCCAUUCACAAACUAGCACCACACGUUUCCAGCAGACCCAGACAUAUUUGCAGUUCAUAUCGAAGCUGUUACCAACUCGUCCAGGGCGACUGGCUAAAAACGGAGGACGGAGUGCCAGCGUGUCCGCACUGCCCGCCCGCUGUUCCAGACGAGGAUGAUCAAGUGGUAAAAAAGAACGACGGCAAGGAACAAGAGCAAGAUGACUCGUCUACAACUUCGCAACUUCUGCUUGCCAAGUCAGUGUCAGCGAACACGAAUUCCACAAAACCCACCGACCUGUGGCUCUGUCUGGUCUGUGGCUACCUCGGAUGUGGCAGGUACGCGAAGGGACAGCACUCGUUGCUGCACGGGCAGACCACCGGGCACAGGUUUUGUUUGGAAUUGAAAUCAGGCCGGAUCUGGGACUACGCGGGAGACGUGUUUGUCCAUCGUAGAUUGGUACAGAGCUUUGCCGUCUGGAAGUCGCUGAAUAACAACCAGAACAACAGCGACAAUGGCGCUUAUCGCCCACUGGAGAUCAUGGACAUGGCACUGCCAGACCACAUGGAAAACCAAUCGGCGGAUCACAUGGUCCAUCAAGCGGCGACUGGACAGGGCGGGAGCGGCGCUGGAGGGACGAAUAAUCCACCGGGUAGAACAAGUGCUGGUGGGGUCGUCGGAGGUGUAGCAGCAAAUACAUCACCCGGAGGAGGUGGAGUUGUUGGUGGAGGAAGUAUAAUCAGCCCUUUGCGCUUAGACCAAACCGCGAUGAUGCCAAAUUCCUCUGCUUCCAACGGAGCAACAAGUCUUGAUUUGGAGAUGCAAGUUGCGUAUAAUACUUCUACUGCCGCGCUGCAGCAACAUCAACAACAUCAGCAGCAAACUUCCUCCACCAAUUCUUCGAUGGCUGCGGAGCUCGACCUGCUUCUCACUGCGAAUCUGGAGCACCAGCGGAAGCGGUACGAAGAGCAGUGCCGGAGACUUCUGGAGGAAGAAGCCGUCAUCAUCAAUGCGUUUGAAAAGGAGGAGAGCGAGCUGACCAGAAAGAUCGAAAAGCAAAAGUACGACACGGAGCACACCACCUGUAAACUGUUGAAUCUGAUGCAGAAGAAGUUGCAGGAUGUGGAGCAGAAAUUGGCGCACGAGGAAGACGAGCUCACGAUAGCCUCGGCGGCCUUGGAAAACGCGAUUCUGAAGCAAGAAAAGGAGCUAUGACAGUGCACAACUCCCCCUUCGUCCCCUCAUUUGUCAUGCAAAAUACCCAACCCACCCUUUGCCUCUUGGCAUUGUUUGCAUGGCAAGUUCUGGUACCCCAAAUCAAUACAUAGCACUACACUCCAGUGCAUCAAAUUUGUCAUGCAAAACCGGCACUCUUGCCGAUGCUUGUAUUGCCGUUCAUGCUAUACAAAUGAGGGGGAGGGUGAGUUGUGCACUGUCAUAGGAGCUGAAGGGGGAAAAGUUUGAGGUGGAGGAGGAGUCCGCGUACGUGAAAAGUUUGAGGUAUGGCGCUCUCAAACGCUACAUUCUCAACUGUUACAUGAAUUUGUAAUGCAAAAACAGCAACUGUCAAAGGGGCAAGCUUGCUGCUUUCGCAUCACAGAUUUAGCACAGACUUAGAUGCUGUUCAGUCCUUCGGAAAUUUGUCAUGCGAAGCAGAGCCUGAUUAUCUGUCGGCUUAAGGUAGUUUUGCAUUACAAAUCCAUAUAACAGUUGAGCAUGUAACGUUUGAGAACGCCAUAUGAGGAAAGAGAUAGACGCGCUGAUGCAAAAAAUCAUGGCGGAUGACUAAAAGCGGGAUUUACUUGUAUUCAUCCUUGAAAUUCUUGUUUUAGCCUUGAUGUAGUUGUGUCUGCGCGGAACAAACGACAUUGCGUCCAAAAUGUUUUCCCUGUGUAGUAGGGUUUUGCUGCAGACGCCUCAUGAUGUCGAAUCUUCUUCGCAUGCACUGACGUGCAUGUCCUCCGCUGCAGGAGCUUCAAGUUGUAGGAUGAACUUUUAGGUAAGGCCAGCGCGGCGUUGUUGAUGCACAUCCGAAAUUGUCAUUCACAAUUCCGCCAUUUUUACGGCGACUUCUACGCAAAGUG